AUGGACCACCGAUGCGGUAAUACUGUGGACUCUACUAGUCAACCUGGGAAAUGCUCUCGUCAGCGAUGGUUCUUUAAUCAACAUUCGAGAGUGUGUACUCAAAGUUGCGACAAAGCAGCUCCAUUUUCAAGCAAAAUAGAAUGCCAAGGAACAUGUCGAAGCAGUGAUGUUUGCAAUUUUCCUGUGGCCAGCGCCGUGUGCGACAUUGAGGCGUCUCCCGUAUACAUUUACAGUCCGAAAGAUAGAAGCUGCUUUUUGACGUAUGAUUGUACUUACUUUCUGAACAAGUUUCCAACGUUGCUGGAGUGCUACCAAACAUGCAAAUGGCGCGCAGCACCACAACACGUCGAGAGCAGUACAACAGCGAACGCCACUCAUGGCCGCCGUCUGCCAAGCUACCUCGAGAUAUUGCAGCUGCGGCGUACUUCAGCGUUGUCAUUGAUACCAAAUCUCAGAAUAGUGAUGCCGUCUAAACCUCCAACUAAAGAUUUUAGGUGCAAAGUUAAGGCAGUUUCUACAUCAUUCAAUUACUGUCUUUUCAAGCGAUGGUAUUACGAUGAAAACCAACGAGCGUGCUUGCCCACCUGCUCCAGGAAGGCACCUUUUGUAAAUAAACUUGCCUGUGAUGGAGUGUGCCGAACUGCUGAAGUUUGCAAAUUCCCAAUGGCAAGCUUUCCGUGCUUCAAGGAAGUUCAUCCUGUAUUUAUAUAUAAUUCAAAUGAUGAAUCGUGCUUCAAAUCCUUCAGUUGCUCUUAUUUUGGAAAUAAAUUUCCAACUUUGAAGGAGUGUCGACAAACUUGCAAGAAGUGUGUUGACAAAGAAUCACCGGGAUGUUCUACAGCAAAUACUUUUCAACAAACGACCACACUCGAAGUUUAGGGGCAAGCCAUGUCAUUCCAACACCCACAUUGUAUUUCGAUUUGUCCAAUAAUGCAGGCUUGACGCGUGAGUCGACUCUCUGUCAUUUUUUAAACACCAAUAUCCAGUCAAGAAGCCAUAUUGUGAUACUUUGAGAAGUCCGCAAACAUGAAGUGU